AUGUUCAGGUUUACGCGGCGCUCGCUGGCACUUGAUGGUGACUUUCAGGUGGUGGUGGAGCUCACAGGCCUCCGUGUCUUGCUGGGCCCGAAGCCCGCCACUGAAUGGUCUAACGAGGAGGAGCUCCGCCGUGUGUGCCCCAACGUCACCGGAAAGGAGCUCUUCGACGCCCUGAAGAGAGCAUGUUCCCACGCCAAGGCAAAGCUGCAGCAGAUCGAAUGGCCAUGUCUGGUGACGAACGGCAUAGCUUAUGGACUGGCAGCGAUGCAACAUGGCGGAAAGGAUCACACCACUCUGGCUCCAUGGCAGCUUAGUGUGGCGCAUGCGGUGACGGCCAAGCCGAGAGACUUCGACCAGUACGAGGCCCCGAAGGAUGAUAAGAUUGAGCCCAAGCCGAGGUACCCCACACACUUUGCAACAUGGUUGAAGCAGGCGCGGAACGAGAUCAAGAUGUUGGGUUCAGUUUUGGGCCUGGAGCACAAGAAGGAGAGACUCAAGGCCUUGGACCAGAUCGAGCGGGCGCACGAACAAGACUCAGAUGUUUGGCCAGAGAACUACUGCUACAGCCUGUGGGAGGAGCUCAAAGCCGCCUGGGUCGAGGAGUUGAGGGAGAGUCGCAGGCAACUUUGCAGGAUCCUGAACACCGACAACCCCCGCAAGGAGGACCUCAAGUUUGUGGCACUCGCGCCUGACAGUGGCUUCCAUUUCCCCAGAACCUUUGACCUAGCGCACCCUGAUGGCUAUUACCAGCAGGUAUGUGUACCACGGCAGGCAAGAGCCUUGAAGGGCAUCAUCUAUAGCCAGCUGCACCACAAGCGCCAAGCGCCUAAGGUGGGUGGCGAUCAACCUCACCUCGACGGAGACGGCCAAGGAGGUGAUGCGGGCGGCGAUGAAGAUCGAGUUGGCCGAGGUCGUGACCGUGCUGCCUAUCACCACUACGAAGGGACUGCGUUGGACCGUUUUGGCACAGCUGAUCCGACGUGGUGGAUUGAAGGACGCAUCGCUCAACUCCGGACGCAGGCGAAGGCGGAGCAUGACGAGAAGGUGAAGGACGGCGUCCAGAAGCAGGGUUGGCUACCCCCGGAAGAGUAUGAGGGGGUCCAGUACACUCAGUUGGAAGAUGAGCUGAGGGAGCUGACACGGGACCCAAUGCUUGAACCCGGGCACAAGUGCUAUACGACUUGGGACAGACGAGUCGAACACCCCGAAGCCCUUCGAAGGCUGAAGGUCCUCGAAGAGAUGGAGAAAGCGGGGACGUUCGCAAGGCUGAAUCAAUGGUCCAGCUACCUUCAGUCUCACGUGCGGGGGAGGAUGCUGAAUGCGGUCAUUGAAAAGCAGGAGAUGACUGUCGACGAGGUGCUCCUCGAGGCAACCGAGAAGGGCUGCCCGGAACUCGCACAAGAAGCUGAGAAGGUCCUCAAUGAGGAGCGUUCAGUGGGUUGGGUCGACGAUGAAAAGCAGGCAUGGAUCAGCGCACCUACCUGGUACAGGGACAAGGGCUAUGGUGAAGGUAAGUUCGAAUUCCAAUGUGGAGAUAAGCGCAUCAGCUGGCGCUACUUGGACUACAAGGACAAGCUCCCCGUCUCGGACGAGCUGGCCAGUGCGUUGGGGCUACAACCUGGAGAAGACGAAGAACGUCAAUGUCUUGUGCUUCAUCCAGCAGCAGGCAUCCGAUUAUGGGAAGGCGACUGGGACCCGGAGCGCAGGCCAACCAUUGAGGAGGUCAAGCAGAAGGCGCAAUCGUUCAGGGCAGGCCUUUGGGAUGAAGCUGCAAGAGCAGUCGCAGAACUAGGCGAUCCAGCACCGUGGAUUGGAGCACGCGAAGCUGAAGUUCGUGGCUACGCCCAUGAUUGUCUUCGAGCAAACCACGACAAGGACUACAGGCUCUUCCAGGCUUUCGUGCUGGACGAACUUCGUGAAGUCACACUCCAAUGCUGGAGGUUGAACUGCUGCGGUCAAUUCCAGGUGGACCACCUUGUGGGGAGCCAGCCAGGCAGUGAAGGGCAGAUCAUCCCAUUCCUGAUCCAUGGUGGUCACAUCCGGCUUCUCGUGCCGAAUGAGAAGGAGGAACCAAUCAAAGUGGCUGCUGAGCUAACCCUCAACGGGCAAGUGGGCAGAGAAUGGCAAUGUGAAGGCUGGAGGGAGUUCCUAGCAAAUGAGGACACAGCUGCCCCCCUUGUGCCUGGAAAACGACCCAAAUGCCCUAGAUGCCUUGACAACAACCCUAAGCAGGGGAAGGGACAGCCGCAGGUGCCAUGGAGCUUCAACGAACACCCAGUGGACACCCAGGAGCUGAUCCUGAUGGGAGCACAGACACCCUUGAAACACCGACCCUCAUUCGCGUAUGGAGUGAGGGUGCAAGAGGUCUUUGCUGGCUCAGGGACAUGGACACAGGCGAUGCGAGAAGCAGGCAUGGCAGCCAACGAGCCGGUCGAGCUGUUUGGAGACCCCCUUCAAAAGCGGGACAGGCGCAGCCACUUCGACUUGAAGGACGAGGCCGUGGCCAACCACUAUCUCCAAGCAGCAGCUGAACUUCCAGGACCAUCCACAGCGAAUGUCUGGGAAUUUGGAACGCCCUGCGCAAGCUACUGUGACAACAACAUCCUGAACGGAGGAACACGUAGCUUCACUUCGCCCGAAGGAGGCCCAGAUCCGACGAAGAGCGAGGAGGAGGGUAACUACUUCUGCGAGCUCACCUGCCGGAUGUGCGAGCUGCUCUAUGCCCAUGACAAGGAGUUCGUGCUUGAGUCCUCGAUGCCUUCAGGUAGAUAUCCCAAGAUUUGGGAUCAACCAGCCGUUCAGAGGCUGCAACAAUCGACUGGAGCUCUCAUCGUGCCGACCCACUUGUGCGAAUGGGGUGCAGCACCCAGCGACAGGCCAGAGAUGAGGUACAAAAAGGGCCAGUGGAACUUAGUGUCACCUGGCCUAUACCUCCACGCAUUGUUGUUGUCACGACGCUGCCAGGGCAAUCACAAACACAUGGACGUCAAGGGCGAGUCGGACAUCCCAGGAGUUCCUCGAACUCGUCGCGCACAGGUAUACCCUGGACGCCUCUGCAAAGGAUGGGCGCUCGUGGUGCAGGCGGCCUAUGCUGGUUGGGACACAAUCCAGGUGGCGCAAGCGCUGGAGACAGAUCAGCCAGCUCGCUCGACUUCCUACAGGACAGAUGGACGCUGCGGCAGUGCAGAGUACUCUGAGUUCCACGGAGGCAUCCAACUUCUUCGUGGGCACCAUUGCGGCAGCGUUGGAGAGAGCGAGUUCGCUCACGGAAUUCCUGGAGGCAUCAAUGUCUUCGGGCCACCACAACCGCUAGAGGGCAUCAAUGGGCGCUCUGAGGACUGGUGGGACUACCAGGAGGACACGCUCUUCCUUGUUCGCCAUCAUGUGAUGCGCAGGAGAUCUAUGUUUGGGUCGCACUAUGGUGAUUGGGUGGACUGCCCAGUGUCAGACCACUUGAUCCGUAGUGACCGCCGGACCUGGAUGUACCCUCAGAGGCGGGACCUUUCAGAGGUCGUUCCGCAAGAGAGGGUGUUUUUGGACAACUGGAGAGUUGACCUUGCAAGGCUGCGUGACAUCCCGGACGCAAUCGAGGCCGAGUAUGCCGACUGGACUGGUGCCACCACGUUCUACCUCUACGACCCGGAGAUCAGACCAGAGUUGGGGAGAGACUUGGGGCACGGGCAAGAAGAAGGGGAGGUGAAGAUCCUGAUUCUGAAGCUGAUGGGGGGCUUCAACCGGUGCUUCCAGAAGGGCGUGACAUGGCGCCGGCAUUCAGGUCACCUCGAGAGUUUCAACCCCCCACGAGGGAACAGGUGGAAGCAGCGAGGAGGUACUAUCCAGGCGGAGGUGUUUGGGACCCAUGGCAUGGUACUGGAGUAUGAGGAGGAGCAAACUUGUGGAUGGUUGGGUCAUUGCCUCGAACCCGGUGAACAAUGCCAGGUUGGCUACAUGGACGACCAGAGCUUGAUGGAGGAGCCGCGCAGUGAGGUGCUCGAUCGAGCCAUGAAGUACAUGGAACACUGCAAGAGCCACCCGAAGUAUGACACCCAGGUGAUCAGGACAGCAGUCGCCCUUGGUGAUGACCUUCUGAGAUCAGCCGGCACCUUGGAGAAGGCAAUGCAAGGUCUUCGUGAAGCAAGGCGUCGAACCAUUGGGGUCCCUACAGCAGGCGCCACUACGAAGGAGGUACUAGAAUGCUUGGACGCCAACCACGCGGACUACCUCAAGGCUAUGAACGCGGGGGGGGAGGCUGAAGGCAGAACCAUAUAUCCCUCCGCUGUGGACAACAUCGAGGAGAUUUACCAGAAGGCCUGGAAGGAUGGUCAUUGGGGCAUUGUGCUCUUCGCCUCCGACAAGACGGAAGAGUGCACCCGGAACCUCGUCGAAUGCCCGCAAGGACGACCGCGCCAUCGCCAGAUUGCCAGGAAGGCGAUCUGGUGGGGAGCCCGCCGCCCUGGGAUCAGGUGCUUCAUCGCCAAGCUGGACGUGAGCAGGGCAUUCAAAUGGCAUGAUGUCGCUCCUGAGGACACCUCGGACUUUGGGAGCGCGCUUCCUGGGGGCCCAGUUGGAGUUGAAGGAAGAGUGAAGAUGAUCUACGGGGGUCUCCCCUUUGGCUGGUGCGGAGCCCCCGGAGAAUACAUGGCCUUCGCACUGGCAGGAAGAGCGUACCACGAGAACUUCAAGCCCGCAGACGAGCAGGUCAAUGGUCCGACUCCGUUCUCCUCCGAAUGGUUGAUGGACGAUAGCGUCAUUGUUGAGCCCAUGGUGGGGGUACGGCCCUGGCAAGCCGUGGAUUCCUUGGGGCAUGCGAUCGAGAAGAUUUGGGGCCAGGCGGCGCUGAAUCUGGAGAAGCAGAUUGAGGAACAGAACAGAUCCAUGACGAUUAGACUGCCCGAGCCCAAAGCCUUGAAGAUGAGAUACCUCUUGGCGCUCCCGGAAUUGCAAUUCGGAGGACGUGAGGCCCGAGCGUGGCGGUGCUGGGACGAGAUGCUGGCGUUGCUGAGGCUGUGGUUUGAGACACCCUAUGAGGGCACCUUCGAGUCCACCAUGGAAAGCAUGCUGACUACGAGAGAGCUCUUAGCACUCCCGGGCAUGAGAGAAAGGCUGCGCUGGGUGGGAGGCGACGCCACUCCAGAGGUGGCGGGAGCCCUUGAUUGGAAGGCAAAGCACUACAUGCGCGAGGACGCCAAGGAGAUGCUUAAAGAGCCGGAGAUGAAGAUCGCCAUUGCGGAGCUACUUUGCUACGCUGGACUCGCCGCUGCUGAAAGCCAUGGAUGGCACGGUGAACUCGUCGCCUAUGCGACGGACAACCAGAAUGUUCGCUCCUGGCUCACCAAACGGCAAUCGAAGUGCGCCAUCGCACGCCACAUCAUCCGCAUCUUGGGGAUGUUGGAGGUUCGCUACCACUUCAAGACGGUGGCCUUCUACAUCAGGACCUAUCACAACGUCACCGCCGACUGGUUGAGCAGGGAGACCAAGAAGGUCGUUGAGGACAAGAUGGAGCUGGACGGUUGGAUUAAGGUCGACGUGAAGGAGGAUUGGGGCCACUACAUCGACGAGUCUGUGGCGGGCAUCUUCAGGUGGCCGGGCGGCGAAGCCCUCGGGAGUUUGACCCAAGCGGUGGAUGUGGCGCAUAAGCCCUACUGCCCGAUUGUAGCCACUGGCUGUGCUGUGGAGUUGGGCAGGGGCAGGUUGCCCUGGGCGAUCGCAUGGGAUCGACUGGGGGGUCAGGUUUGCAAGGUCGGUCAGCAGGGCACACCCAUGGACGAGAAGCUCGAGGAAUCGAACCUCAAGGGCAGCGCCCCGCUGACAGACGAGACGGACCUGGUGUGGGUGUUCGGGAGUCGGACCUACAUCAAGCAAUUCGUGAAGAAGCACCUCCCAGCGAAUGUGCUGAUUGACAUUGCAAAGGGCGGACCGGUUGAGGAGAUUAAGAACGGCUUGAUGAGGCUGAGCUACAUCGUGCACACCUUUGACUGCCUGACCACCCACUAUGGAGAUCCGGCGGCGAAGAGGAAAGUCAUUAUCCUUGGGAGCCGCGUGCGAAAAGGUGAGACCAUUCAGGAAGCCUCCAUGCCCCCAAGGCGCGCGGCUGAGCCAACUAGCAUACAGAGAACGCUGGACCCUGCGGUGGGCUCAGUGAGACCUCAGUGGCUCGACCCGGACACGGUGGUGAGCGUGAACCACAAAAUCUCCACUUCAGGAGAUCGCGUGCUCCCCUGGCCUGCAGGGCAUUUUGCUAGCAGCCAGGAUGGAGAAACCAAGGAGCUCAUCUACGACAUCCGCGGGCCUGCGUUAACCUGCAGGAGAGGCAAAUCCAUGAUUGUGCUUGAUCAUCGAGGCGCAGAAGUGCAAGCAAGGCGGCUUGGCGCAGAAGAAGAGUGGCUUCUCAAUGGUGGGCGCCUCGAGGACGUUCACAUGCUGCACGAGCUCGGGACGAAACAGGACUUCUUCAAGAAGGACGCGGCCAUGAAGUUCCCACAGCAGAGUGCCCACAGGCUGGUCGCUUGGUUCGAGCGUUGGAGGCAAGAUCGACCAGAAGCUGACCCAGCGGCGCAAGAGCGUGUGGGAGUGUGCUUCGACGCUGACAGAGCCAAGGCUGAUGAGCAGGUGAAAGCAUGGAUGAGGGCCUGGCAAGGGGAUCAUCAGAACCCUAGGGCCAGCUAUGAGAGGUGGAUGGCAACCCAGCGGCAAGACCCGGAGGCCCUCGAGAAGAUCGGAGGACGCAGGCAGACUGGGUUGAAGAGAGCGAAGUCCGCUCCCCCUGACCGUCUGGUGCUUCCAAGCGCUAUUGGGCGAGGUCUAGAACGACUUCAACUGGACGCAAAUCAGGAACUACAACGUGACCGGGCAUGGUUGGACGCAUUGGCGGCUGAGGCGGUGAUGUCUAAGCUCUCGGAGGGCACGCGUGCGGGCUACGAGGACGAGAGGAAGGCCGAUGAGGACGAGCUUCUGAGAUUCAUGACCUACCUGGCACACGUCAUGCAAGGGACAGAAGGCACCGUGAAGCAGAGGCUCUUCGCUAUCAAGAUGGGCCACCUGGUGGCUGGACACGAUGACCCCACCUUGAACCGGGUCCGCAUCUGGGCGGCGCUGAAUGGCUUCAAGCGAUGGCAACCGGAGACGAAGCGCAAGUAUCCGGUGCUCCCGGGCAUGCUUGUCUGGAUCCGUCGCCAUCUGAGCUCUUGUGACACUCUGAGCAAGGGUGAUCAAGUGAUCCUUUGGGCUGCCAUUAUGGUGGGAUUCUUCUUCCUGCUGCGGGCCUCAGAGUUCUUAGUCACGGUCGGUCGAUCGUGGGGCAGCACACGCACCCUGAAGGGCAGCGACAUUGAGGCGCGCAAGGACAACAUGCAGGUGACGAACUUCCACCAGGCGGAGGAGGUGGUGAUCUACCUUAAAGGAUCUAAGACAGAUCAAUACCAGGGCACAGUGCGCAACCAGUUCAAGAGUGGCAGCGAGUUGUGUGUGGUCAGCGCCCUCGCGGACUACCAGAGCAUCAAGCCUGAACGUUUUGCAGGAGCAGAAGAAAAUCAGCCCCUGUUCAGGUUCGAGGAUGGCAAGCCGUUGCAGCGCGGGGACAUUCAGAACUUGAUCCAGCUGGCAGCGGUGGCAGAUGGACAAUCUACGACCCGGAAGAACAAGGGCUAUGAGGCGGCGCCCCGACACCAAGAGAAGCCAAAACAAAGGGUUGCUGACACGCCAACAGGACUACAAAGCUCCAUGAAGGUGGGAUCAAUGGGCAAUGUGAGCGAGGACUAUGCCUUAGGCAACUUCGGUGACGAAGAUCACGGAGGGCAUGGCUAUGACACCUCGGAUGGCAAGACAACGACCCACGUGGAGCUCUAUGGCGAGAUCAGCUCUAACUGGCAGCCCAGCUUCAUCGAGCGCUCCGAUCGCAGCGAGCUCUUUAAGCUGCUGAGACUCAGGGACUUGAGUUGCUACCACGAGCCGCCAGGCGAAGCGUCAGAUGUUUGCCACGUCGCUUUAUUGUUUGAAGCUUUCUUUUUGCAGCUGGCUCAGGGGCGCAUCAUCUACCUCCUCCCGCCGUGCAGCGCACACCUGAAGCUCACUCAGGCCACCGCCUUGGCUUCCUCGCCACGCUUCGACCUGAAGUGCGAGCUGGAGCCCAUCAAGGUGAGCUAA